AAGCAGAACCGACCACGUAAUUGGAUCUCUCUCUCUCUCUCUCUCUCUCUCUCUCUCUCUCUCCUUUGUAUGUUUGCAGAUUCUCUCCCAGUCCCUGAAAUUGGAACUCUUAUUUACUGUUUACAGCACAUGCUCUGUUCAAUUUGUUUUUAAUUAAGGGGGUGUUUACAGAUUUGUUAGUACUUUGUUCAUCGAUGGAGAUACCAAACAAGAAUGCGAGAGAGGAGAUUCUGGAUGGCUUCUCUCCCUUUUCUUCCUCGUCUACUCCACCGCUUUGGAAGUCUCGCAAGAGAUCAGCUAGCAUCCGGAAUGUUGACAAGGUGACAGAUGAAUCCACUGUUAAGACACCUGAGAACCAUGAAGAAUCUCCCACUGAAGAGAAGAAACAGGAUUCAGCGAUGACACCUGAACCACAGGCAACUCCAACUGAAGAGGAGAAACAGGAUUUAGAAAUAGCUGCUAUUCUGUCCGAACGACGGAAGGCUCUAUUUGAACCGUUGGAAUCCGUCAACAAUGUAAAUGGUAAACGGCCGUCGGCUGAUAACUUACUUCCACCUCCAGAUUUUGACUCUGCAAGCUAUCCGCGAGGCUGGCUUAUUGGAAAGAAGCGAAAGCUUGUAAAUGUGGAUGUUGUUGAGAGCAUGCGGAGAAUCGCUGUACAGGAAAUGAAUAGAAAGGACAGGGAGAUUGAUGGACUAAAUGAACAAUUGGAAGAAGAUGCACGGUGCCUUGAACACCUGCAACUCCAGCUACUAGAAGAACGAAGCAAACGCACUGAUGUAGAGAGAGAAAACGGAAUGCUGCAAAACCAAAUUGCUAUGCUGAUGAACAUGUUACAGGAGAAUGAAGCAAUGGAGGAUGAAUAGGCCACGGAACGUUAAUAUUUCUCGCAUCUUAACCUAUUUUAUGCUUUCAUAUUUCCACAUACGAUCGUAAAAAUGUCCAGAGUUGUUUUUAACUACCUUCCAAUAUACUGGUUGCUUGUAAUCAAGUUGUUUAAGAUAUUUUGUUUUGGUUGUUUUA